AUGCAUGUGAAAUCAAGGGACACUGCGGAGGACAUCUUUAAAGCAUAUGUCCAAGCAAGCUGUGGAGUAUAUCAAUGGGAUGACAAAGAAAUGGAAGUUGUUGGUGGAAAUAUGAAUGGGAACUUGCCCAAGGGGGAAGAAUGGGAUGUGGCAACAAUCCAAAAAAUUGUUCCAUGGGAGGUUUUCACUAAGGAGAUGGCAUGCAUGGUUAAGGAACACCUCUUGGCUCCAUUGCUUGAGACUUUGAAACUUACCUUUAGAAAGACGUCCAUCUUGGAUCAUCUUGGGUACUACAACUUCGCAUUGAUUGAUUAUGAAGGCCACAAGGCACCAAUCGAGAUCAUCACACCAAAAAGUAUUGAGGCCAAUGAAGGAUGGUCUCAGUUGAGGAUGGAGCUCCUGGAUGCAUUUCUCAAAAUGCCUCACCCACAGAAGUGGCCUCAACACCAACCGGCACUUGUUCCACAGCAACACACUCUGUCAGCAGCCGAAAGAGCCGAUCCGGGGUCAGGUUGCCCCCUUGUCAGGGACAGCUCCGAAAGCGGCGAGGUCCUGGCAUGCGGGACUCGGUGGGAUGAGUAG